CACUCCUUGGCUUCACGCUUGGAUGCCAAGUGGCUUUAAAAGCGCGGCACUGCUCCAGCUCACCUCCAAUGGUAUCCCUCCUGUGGGGAACUGCGACUUUACGACACGAUGGAUCAAGUCAUGUCGGCUCAAGGUCGGCCCUUUCCUCCAGCCAGAUCAUACCGGGCCCCCGCCGCCGUGGCGCCAUAUGUGCAAGGAUGCUUGGCAUCACGCGAGGGUCUCGAGAAGGCGCUGCUGCUCCAUUGGAAGCGUCGCUCAAGCAGUGCGGCCGAGCGACACAAUGGAGCGCCGCAUUGCAGUUGCUCCGCGAGGGGAUUCAAUCAGGUCUGAAGGUCUUCCCAGGCCACUACAUUGCGACUGUCAGCGCCUGCAGGAAAGGUGGAGAAUGGCAACGGGCACUGUCGUUGCUCAGUGAGAUGUGGGAGGCGAAGAUGGAGCCCAACGUUAUUUCCUACAGCGCUGGGAUCAGCGCGUGCCAGAAGGGCGGGCAGUGGCAGCAGGCUUUGGCUCUGCUCAGCGAGAUGUGGGAUUCUAAUGUGGAGCCCGACGUCAUCAUCUACAGCGCCGGGAUCAGCGCUUGCGAGAAGAGUGGACAGUGGCAGCGGGCAAUGGCGCUGUUAAGCAUCAUGUUGGAGGCGAAGCUGAGGCCAGAUGUAGCCAGCUACAACGCCGGGAUCAGCGCGUGCGGGAUUGGCGAGCAGUGGCAGCGGGCCCUGGCGUUGUUCAGUGACAUAUUGGAGGCGAAACUGGAGCCCGACCUAAUCUGCUACAACGCUGGGAUCAGUUCGUGCGAGAAGGGCGGGCAGUGGCGGCGGGCUUUGGCGCUGUUCAGCGAGAUGUGGGAGGCCAAACUGUCGCCUGACGUUGUCAGCUACAGCGCUGGAAUCAGCGCUUGCGAGAAGAGCGAACAGUGGCAGUGGGCUCUUGCGCUUCUUCGGCAGAUGCGGCAGGCGAAAGUGCAUCCCAACAUUAUUAGCUACAGCGCUGGGAUCAGCGCGUGCAGAAAGGGCGGUCAGUGGCAGCGGGCUCUUGCGCUGCUCAGCGAGAUGUCGGGCUCGAAGCUUGGGCCCGACGUCGUCAGCUACAGCGCUGGGAUCAGCGCGUGCGAGAAGGGCGAGCAGUGGCAGCGGGCUCUGGCGCUGCUCAGUGACAUGUUCAGGACAAAGUUGAAGCCAAACGUCGUCAGCUGCAACGCUGGAAUCAGCGCCUGCGAGAAAUUGGGGCAGUGGCCAUGGGCGAUUGCUCUUCUUCGCGUGAUGCGGAAGGAGAAGCUAGAGCCCGACGCCACUUCUCUCAGCUACAAUGCUGGGAUCAGUUCGUGCGAGAAGGGCGGGCAGUGGUGGCGGGCUCUGGCGCUGCUCGGCGAGAUGCGGGAGGUGAAGCUGGCGCCCGACGUUGUCAGCUACACGCUGCAAUCAGCGCGUGCGAGAAGGGGGGGACCUGGCCGCUGGCUCUGUGGCUGCUCAGCGAGAUGCGGCAGGCGAAGCUAGAGCCCAACGUCGUUAGCUACGGCGCUGGUGUUAACGCGUGUGAGAAGAGCGGGCAGCAGGCUCUGGUCAUAAGCAUGCUCAGCAAUUUGCGCUGGGCAAAUGCGGACGCCGGCUUGAAUGCGAAUGCCUACGGAUCUACCAUAAGUUUGUGCGAGCAAGGCGGAGAAUGGAGGCAGGCGCUGUCGUUAUCCAGGGAGCUGUAUGGCUUACUGGCCGAGGACUGAUGCAUAUUUGGCACGGUACUCGCCCCAGCGCGUUCGGUAAAGCCACACUGUCACGAUUCUUUCGCAAAUCUGGGGUCAGUGCGUGCGAGAUGGACGAGCAGUGGCAGCGAGCUUUGACGCUGCUGAGCGAGAUGUCCAGCGCGAAGUUGGAGCCCGACUACGUCAUCUGUACUGCAAUGUUGGGCGAAGCGCGUUCGAGUUUAGAAAUCAGUGCUAGAUGCUAGCUCCUGGACCCUAGAGAUGCCCCUUGGAGAGCCGGAAGAUGCCUAUGACGGUUCAUGUGCCCGCGAGUUGACGAAUCAAGUUUUGUGGAUUCCCAAGAGACCCGCAGACCCCCGCAAAACAGCACGCAGUAUGAGGGAGGCGAAGUUGCAACCCGGCGUCACCAGGUACAGUGCCCUGAUCAGCGCAGCGCGAGGAGGGGGAGCCGUUCUGAGCCGGCCCCAGCGCGUCUCGCUGCCCAGCGAGAUGCAGGAGGCGACGUUGGAGCUGAGCGCCAUCCCCCCUGCAACAUCGUGCGCGUCGCGCUCCAACAGGACGCCAGCCUCGAGGCGAUG